GGCGGAGCUCUGAAAGCGGAUGUCAAAAGGACGAUACCCGUCAGACACCACGGUCUCUAGUGUGAUAUGACUAUACCAAAAACGUGAACGUAAAUGAUCCCAUGGUCUGUCACGAUGCGGUCGGCACUAAUCAUGAAUUGUGUCGUAGCGAUGGGGCUGUUCACCUGUAUCGAUGCGAUCACCGUAUCGAUUGACCGAUCUGAUAAUAAACCGUCACCAACGCGGUCAUCAAUGAUCGCAAACGGCUGGCGGCCCCUAACCAACGGCUACGAAGAGACAAUCGGCACAAACGUCUCUCCUUCGAGCAAUCUGGAGCGAAACGGGCCGUUGCACCCCGUUAUGGGCAAACUACAAGAGCACAUGGCGUCAUCCGAGAAGCUGAAACCGCAACGGAAGGGCAAACCGUCCCAUCACGACUACAAUCCGCCAAGUAUACUAGGCAGCUUCACGGUGCUGGGUCAUUCGGCGGCGAAGGCACGCGGCGAAAUACCGAGCCACAGUCACGCGAAUAAACACAUCGCUUCGGAGACCCGCGAGUACACGUUCCUGAUCCCUCCACCUAAGGACGCGUACCGCUUCGACUUGGACCACCAUAGAAAGCCGAUUUUACGGGACAACUCGGCAUACCUGCGUCAGCCACAAUUCGGUCCUCCGAGCCACCAGCCGCCCGAUCCUAUAAAAGCGGCUACCUAUUUUAUUAAGAGUUAUACGUCGACGACGAACACCCCAGCGCCGCCUACGUCGUCCACGAAGAACAGACACUACGCGGAGCCGUAUGUGCCCCAGCUGCUUCAGCCUCCAAGGUACCAGGUGAAGCCGUUCGAGUCCCUGAAGGUGAACAACAACGCCAAGCCGUACUUCCAGCCACCUGGCACCGGGCUGCCCGGCGACUUCGGCAAGGAUAAACGGCUUAGCGACUUUGACCGACCCUUCGACAAAUUCCAGCCGCCGAACGACCACCUGAUCAAUCCCGCGGGGACGGGAAACUUCUUCAGCCAAGUGAACCAUCCGCCUCAUCCCUAUAAGACGUCCUUCGAGAGGGACCCAGCCUUCUUAGUGCACGAGAGCCACGAGAUCAGUUAUAUAACACCACCGUCCGUCUACAACGGCUUCAAUUUCAGACCCUCUUUGCCUUACGAGACUCUGCUGCCACCCGACGUGUACAGCUCCUCGACUCCGUCGCCCACCACACCUCGGGAACGCAACAAAUACGAGCAAUCAGCGGAGCUGACUUCGGGACAGGAUUACAAACGACCUGGACAAGGUAGCACGGUUAAACAGGUCGAUAAUGUGGGUCAUAGCGAGCUGCUGCCUACAGCUGGGGUGGGGAACACUUAUUACGUGUCGGAACAUCAGGACCUGACACCUCCGCCUGCCUCCUGGCCAGCGCCGAAGAGUAAAUACACUUCGGACAUUAACGAAGUGCUACCUAGGGUUAAUCCUCCGUCCAAGUUCAAUCAGGAGCCGGUUUCCAAUCAGAUUCCUCAGGUUCCCAAGGUGGUGUACAUCAAGCCCCAGGCUCAGGCGCCUCAGUUCUCCGGGUCGGUGCUGCCGAUUGAUAUCCGGCCGGAGAACAGCGAGCCGGAGUACGAGACCCCGGAGAGCAUAUCGUUGAAGCAUUUUAACGAGCAGCAGUACUUGAUUCAGCAACAACUGCUGCAAAGGGAUAGGCAGAGGCUGGCGGAGCAGGAGAGGCAACAACAGCUGGAGAUCGAGAAACAGCAACAGGAGGAGCUGAAGAAGAGGCAGGAAGAGCUGAGACAGCUGCUGGAACAGCAGAAGGAGGAGGAGGAGGCCAGAUUGGCUGUCGAAUCCGUGAAGAAUCAAUCCCAGCAACUGACUAAAGUCACGGAGGAGCAGACUCCUUAUUCGAUCCAGCUGACAGAAUACGAAAUCCCGAAGGUAACCACGGAUCCGACCGCGGUGAUUACCGAACAGACCCGACUUGGAGAGCUGCCAAAGAUUCAACAGUCUCAGGUAACCCAGCCCGAUUACACGAUCCCGUCGAGUCCCCCGUCGCCGACUCAGCAUUAUCAGGAUCAAUUAAGAAAUCAACCGGAACAGGUCAAUUAUCGAGAGCCUCCAACAGAUUUGCGACCCCAGAGGCCGCACAAGCCGCUACGCGAUCAAUAUAGGCGGAGAAAGCCGAGUACCGUUGCAUAUGAACCUACGCCGACGGAAGCUCCCAUCCAACUUCCGGAGACCUCUGUCCCGGUAACCCUGCACGCUGAAGAGGUGCCUAUUCAGACGACCGCCGCGUUGGAGACGACGACACCGCCCGCGAUUGUCACGCAGAAGCCGAGAACUCGAAGACCUGGGGCACCUUUGCGUCGAAGACGUCCGACUACCACCACUCCGGAGCCUGCGACUGCGGCUGAAGACUUCUUCAAGUAUGAUAGGCCUGAAGAUACUAGGCAGCAAGUGGAUACUAGACAGCAGGACGUUAGACAGCAGGUGGACAUCAGACAACAGUUGGACACCAGACAACAGUUGGAUACUAGACAGCAGUUAGACACCAGGCAGCAACAAGACACUAGGCAUCAACCAGACACCAGACAACAGUUAGAUACAACUCGAAGGAGACGUCCAAAGCCCACCCAGGCAACCUAUGAGGAGUCAGUGACCGAGAAGAAGGCUAACAUCAGAAAGCGACCUGGUCACCGCAACAGGGUGAACCCUGGCGAACCCUUCGAGGCUGAGAUCGUGACAGAGGUCGUGCACACUCCGCUGAACACCUACAGCAGUCCAACACAGUCGGUCCAACAAAAUUAUGACUACAACCAGUACGUGACUAAUCAGCCCACCGGGCAACAGUUCGAUUACACCUCGCAGAAGUUCCUGCAAGUGGACGACCAACCCGAGGACACCACGCAGGCCAUACCUCUGGAGUACUACACCGAAUCAACAAGAACGAACGUGGAGGAGGCUGGUAACAGCGAGAGCUACAACCAGAAUGCUGGUCUGGUGACUAAUAUACCGUUGGAGGAUUUGUUCCUGAAGACAGAGGGUAAUUAUUUUGAUAGAGCCACGGUAUCCACAAGCGUGUCGAGUUUCGAAACCACGACCGCCUCGACGACGACGUCAACGGAGCCGCCGACGACCGAGGCUCCCCAGAUUAGCACCUCGACGACCCGGUCAGUGAAGAUCAGACCUAUGCGGUACGGAAACACCACGAGGCCCAGAUUCAGCAUCAAGGACUACAAGAGCAGGCUGGAUUACAAGAGCAGGUUGUCCAGCACGGAGGCUUCUUCUACGACAGCGCCGCACACCAAGCAGAGAGGCAGCAGUGUUAAGUACCAGCCACAAAAUGGCGACAGGGAGACUCCGGGCAGGUACAAGUACAUGUCGCGAGCUAGCUACAGGUCUACAACGCCGAGUCCCGUGACGAGGGAGGAAGCUGUGGAAGACGUUGUUUCCUCCACCACGGAGAAGAGUCGCUUCGUGCCGAAGAGGAGACCCAUAAGCGCCAACGUGUACAGGAGCAGAAUAUCCGGCACGUCGAGCAGCCCUAAAUACGACAGCGACGUUCAGAAACCCAGCACCGCCAGACCGGAGAACGUGUUCUCCUCGUCGGUCCGGAGACGACCCACCAUGAAGAGCAGACUGGCGACGCAGAGGGAGAGCUCGACGGUGGCGUACCACUCGCGGAAGGAAACGGAAGCCACGGAAAUGGCGGCCGAAGAGACCAGUUUCUACUCGUCCGUCACCACGACGGGCACCACUCGAGUGGCCGCUAACGAGAUUCCGAUCGAAAAGGAGGAACCUGUCGCCACCGAGGUCCCUGAGAGGAAUGUGAACGAAAGUGAAACCCGGACCAGUUUGCACGAGGAAAAUGAGCAUCCGGAACCGGUUAUAAGCACGACCAAAAGCGGGGACGAGAAAGAGGUCGUCACCGAGCAAUAUUCGUCGACCGAACAGACCACCCUGCCGAGCGAGAAUAAAGAGACAAGCACGUUCGAGAUCCCGUCCGACGAGGAGGAGCUGUUCGCCAAAGCGUCCCAGAGCGUGGCGGAUCUAACCAGCUCCGCGUCGGCUUUGUACGACAAGCCGGGAAUGUUCAAAGCUGUCUCCCCGGAGAGUAGAGUGGCAGUCAACCACUUCAAGAUACCCACCGACGAACCCACUCUGCCGAUCGAAGCCUUCUUCCAGGAAUUGUCGAAGAAAAGCUAAGAACCGGCUGAUGAAGCUAAUUUGAUUUCCUUACCUGUGGAACUGCCUCUUCGGGAAAUAGAUGGAAAUAUGCCUGCGGAGCAGUCCGGUUUUUGUAUCUUCUUUUUGUUCUUUCGAUUUAUGGAUUUUAUGGUGUAUAUAGUGAUCGGGUCAUUUCUUGAGUCUUGCUUCUACUUAUUUUUUAUUUAGGCGGGAAACUUGGUUUUUGAGUUGAUGUGGAAUUUUGGGGAUCUGAUUUUUUGGAGCUGAGUGAUUUUGGGGACAUUUUUAAUUUCUUUUUUUUUGGAAGAGUAGCGGAUUUUGGUGAUGUGAUUGAGCUUUGUACAUCUUAAAAAUUUAAUAACAAUUUUUUUAUUUUUGAUAUUUGAUCAUUUUUUGCUAGUUUCAGUUCCUUGAACAAUUUUUAUUAUCUUAGCAAUCAGACAUGUUCGUCAUCUAAAUAUUAAACAAAUUUUUAAAAUGGUUUAAUAUUUUAAACAAUAUUAAUAUAUUAAACAAAUUUUUGAAAUUGUUUAAUAUUUUCUAAAUUUUUAAAAAUUCAAGACUCUCGAAAUGACCUGACAGUUAAAAGGAUGAGAAGAACGUACCAAAAAAUCUAAAAAAUCGUUGUAAAACAACAAUGAUAAAAAAAAUGAUACGUGCAAUAAUUAUGAAAAUAUUGAUAUUUUCCUGCGAUGUUCGUUUUACCAUUUUGAACAGCUUGACAGGGAAUUAAGAUACCAAAUGCAUGCAAUUAAAAUUAUCUUCAUGCUAUCUUAGAUGUAUCUAACGAAUUUAAUUUAUUUGAAACGCGCGUACACUGAAUCGUUCGAUCGAAAAGCAUCUAUUAUUUUCAGAUCGAUUGGUGCUAGAAGAAAAAAAAAUAAUGGAUGUCUUUUUUGUAAAUAUAAGUAUUCCAGAGUAUUUAUCUUGAUCGAGUAGAUAAAUUCUCUCGAUUUAAAGCGUUAUUUAAUGAUCGUAAUGGAUACACCUUGAAAAAUAUUAAAAAUUUGAGACAUCUUUUUGAUACGAACUUCGUUAAUUCUUAUAAAAUUUGUAUAAAUUUGUAUUCAAAAUUUUAAGAAGUUAUUCCUAUAACAUAGUGUAUAGUCUUAUAAUAAUCUUUUUUCAAAGUAAAAAUUGUGAACGGAAAAAAAAAUUUUAUAUUUUUAUAAAAAAAUUCAUAAAUACUAACGUAUUUAAAAAAUCUAUUUAAUGGUUGAAUUAUGUCGUUUGACUAAAAUGCAAUAAUCUACGAGGGCCAUUAAAUCUUUGCUGUCGAUAUCAGGCAUCGUCGACGAUUUUCAGCGCCAUUUUCCUCGAAAACGAUAUCAAAAAUUCAUUUCAAUGAAUGAAGGAUUAUGGAGAGUAUAUUUAUGUUCGUGUAUCCGUACGUGUAAGUAGUAAAUAUCGAUUAUGCUCGGUGCAUCGUGUUAUUUAUAUUGAUUAAGCAAAACCA